CUUAUGGUUUCAUCUCAAAAUAUCCACCACGUUUGUCGUCAUCCUCAAACCAAGGCAAGACCAUGGGACUGCCGAUGGAUCCGAAUCUUUCAGAAAUCCACGUCCCCAGUGGACCUACGUCCGUCCAGCAAGGCCAAUCUUUCGAGGGCUUGACGCUACAACAGCUCAUUCUUCGGAAAGACGACCUCGAGGUCGAACUGAAAGCCUUGGGGGCAGUCCUUGACAGCCAUGGGGUCACUAUGCAGACGAGUCUUACAACCUUCGAUGGCUUUCCGCGAUCCGACAUCGACGUGGCACAAGUGCGCGUGACGCGAGCUCGGAUCAUUUCGCUACGCAAUGACUGGAAAGAUCUUAUGGACAGAAUAGAGAAAGGCCUUCAUCAGCACCAUGCUAAAUACCAGCAGUCGGACGACUACAAAAACUCCUUACUCCAACCAGAACAGCUCCCCUCCACCGCCUCUCAGCCUACACCUUCCGUCCCCGAGACUCCCUUUGCUAGAGUGAACAGCAUCGAGCCUGGUAGUCCUGCCAAUGAGGCCGGUCUGAAGUCCGGCGAUCUGAUCAGAAGAUUUGGUACUGCGAUCUGGUCAAAUCAUGAGAGACUAAGAAAAGUUGGGGAGGUUGUCAGUCAGAAUCUGGGUCGGCCCAUCCAGGUCAAGGUCUCAAGAGACGCAGGAUCGGGUACACAAGAGCUAGAUUUGAGGUUGACCCCACGACAAAACUGGGGAGGAAGAGGUACACUAGGUUGCCAUAUUGUUCCUGUGUGAGAUAGGGAGGAGAGACCACCACGUCUGAGGCACAGGAAGUGCCAUCCAGAACGAACUACAAUGCCCGUUCGGCUUCGGGCACCACCAGAAGAAGACAAUGUUCCCAUUCCAGGCGUCAGAGCUUGUUCACCCAGUGACUCAACCAGGCUCCUGCAGAAUGAACGGGUUUUACCAACCAAUGUUCGAAGAGAAGGCACGGAUGGGCGAUUAGGGCCAGCCUCACCAGCCGGAGGCAUGUAGCAGCCGAUAGGCGUGCAAUGUCAGCAAUGCUAGCUUGGGUCCUGGGUGCGAAAAACUGCCGCAAAGCUCUUGACACAGAUGAGCAGAUUUGCUGUACUGUGUACACAAUGUAUCAGUCUGCCUCGUUUAUACCAUGUUAGCUGUAACAAUAGAAACUAUUACUAGCAAGAUACCUCGCAA